AUGGCGGCUGUAACGAAGUUUAGAUGUCAUCCCCGUCUAUUUUAUAAUAUAGCUACCAGGACUUAUUCUUCUGAAAAGCAAGUAGCACACCCAACUGUUGACACAGCAUUUAAAGGUGAACAGAGCUCUAUUUUAGCUGAGGAAAAAGUUGACAUUUCAUCCCUGACUGGUGUGCCUGAAGAGCAUGUUAAAUCCAGGUUAGUUCGUAUCUAUGUCCCUGCUCGCAAUGCCAUGCAAAGUGGAAGUUAUGGUACCAGGAGGUGGAUGAUAGAAUUUGAUACCAAAGAGAGAUGGGAAAAUCCACUCAUGGGAUGGACAUCUACAGCUGAUCCAUUGUCCAACAUGAAGGUGGAUUUUGAAUCAGCUGAAGACGCAGCUGACUUUUGCAGUAAAAAUGGAUGGAAUUAUUACAUUGAGCCAAAACAGAUGCGCACAUUCAAAAGCAAGUCAUAUGGAGCCAAUUUUUCAUGGAACAAGAAAACUAGAACAUCAACCAAGUAA